AGAUGGAUAAAUGGAUGGAUGAACUGGUGGAUUAACUGAUGAAUGGAUGAUGGAUUUACUGAUGGAUGGAUGGAUGGAUGGAUGGAUUGCUAUAAGGAUGGAUGUAUCAGUUCAGUUUCUCCUCUUCCUCCUCCAUGAUACCCAAACUGAGAAUAUAGAUCUAGUUGAUGUAGAAGUUUUCUCUGAGACUCUGUCCUGUUGUAGGUAAAUGUUCAGAGCAGGAAUGAAAAAAGAUCUUUUUUUCUCCUCGUUUUGAUCAGCACGCUCUCUAAAGUCUCUCUUUAGGUUAAAAUCUCACACAGUUUAGCUCCCUCAGAGUUUUUAUUCCCGCAGGAGUUUUUCUCCUGUUCAGGUUUCAGAAUUGAGUUUGUAAAUUUGGGCUCAGAGCCAGUUCUGAAAUUAUAUCCAGUAAAAAAAAGGAUGAAAUGUUUAUCUCUGACCUAUUUAAAGACAGUAAAGCCGCAGCACAGAAGAAAAGAAGGAAACAACAGAAGUGACGGUAAAUAAGACGAUGACAGAAUGUCCUAAAAAGACUCCAAAAAGAGGUUUACCGAGGAGUAAAUUCAGUCAACAGGAGCUAUUUCUGCGUUUGAGUUUGUUUACGGGAGAUUUCAGUGAGUAUAAAUAUCUCCACAGAGGGAAGGACGCUUCGGUUAGAGUUAGGAACAGAAACUGGAGACCCCCAAAACCAAAUUAGAGUCUAAGACAGGAGCACAGUGAGACCCCCAAAACCAAAUUAGAGUCUAAGACAGGAGCACAGCGAUGGGUUCAGGGGUGGACUUUGACCACGGGUGUGAAAUUUGAAAGAGACUGAAGGUCAAAUGAAAAAGAAACAACAACAACAACAACUUCCUGUUUCAGGGCGAAACAGCAAAGUUUGACAAACCGCCACAGUGACGGACAGAUCAUCCUAAAAUGAACUCAGUCUCCAAUAUGUGCGGGACCAACUCUGAACCUGGUAACAAGGAAAGGAAGUGCAGGAAGGACAGAAGGAAGUAGGGAAGGAAAGAAGACAAGGUAAACAGAGAAGGUAAAGAGGGAAGGAAAGAAAACUAAAGGGAAGAAAGGAAGGAAGGAAAGAAGGAAGUAGUGAACAAAGAGGGCAGGUAGGACAGAGGACGUAGGGAAGGAAAGAAUGCAAGGUGGACAGAGGACGUUAAUAGGGAAGGAAAGAAAAAUAAAGGGAAGAAAGGAAGGAAGGAAGGAAGGCAGGGAGGACUUAGGAAGUAGUGAACAAACAGGGCAGGAAGGACACUGGAAAAUAGAGAGGGAAUAAGUGCAGGGAGGAAGGACAGAGGGAACUAGGGAAGCAAAGAAGGUAGGACAGAGGAAAGUUUAGAAGGAACGAGUCCAGGGAGGACUGAGGAAGUAGGAAAGAGAGGUAGGACAGGAAGGACAAAAGAAAAAGAAGGAAGGAAGGAAGGAUCAGAGAGAUGGAAAGGAAAAGGAAAGGACAGAGGAAGUAAAGAGGAAAGGUUAAAGGAGCAGAGGAAAAAAGGAAGGAACAAAGGAGAGAUGAGAGAGAAGAUUGAAAGCAGGGAAGGAAGAAAGAGGGAAAGGAAGGACAGAGAGAAGGAAGACAGGACAGAAAGAAGAAGGGAAGGAGAGAGGGUAGGUUAAAGGAACGGGGGAAGAAAUGAAUGAAUGAAUGAACUUCUCACCUUCCUACCUCAGAGUUCAAACAGGACCCAGAGUCAGACACUCAGACAGCAGCUUCACAAACGAAGAGGAAAAAUCUGAAUGAAAGGAUUUUUUAUUGUUUUCAGUUUUCAACAGGAAACACUUUCUUCAAAAAUAACCUCCAUAGUUUCUGUUUUUUACUGUUAAAAAUGAUUUUUGAAUUCAUCAUUUCAUCACGGUUUCGUCCACACAGGCGAGUCUGUCCAUCAGGUGGUUUUUACGGUUCCGUUCUGAAUUUGAAUUUGAGUUAAACUGAAUUUCCCGACAACAAUAAAGGGACCGGACUCUCUGCUAACACUGAGACUCUUUAACUGUGCUGACACUGAAUACUUUUACGGACUAAUGAAAUAUGUACGAACACUUCUGCUGCUGCUGCUGCUGCUGCUGGUGUUGCUGUAUGUUUGCGUUAAUGUGGGUGGAGUGUGUUUAUUUUCCUCCAUGUGUUUGUGUGAGAUUAUAGCUGGCAGUGUGUCUGCCUGCAUGUAAACAGUGUGUGUGUUUUUUUCUGCCUGUGUGUGUGUUCGGUGUUCAGAGGUCUGCGUGUGUGUGAGGGGGGGGAGCUGAGCCCACGGCUGUCCUGCACGUAUUCAGCCUGUUUAAUUUUGAGAUUUCUGACAGCUGCAUUAUUCACAGACUAGCAGGAGGUCGACUGUUCUAACCUCCAUCCACCCACUGCAGGGGGGCUCUUUAUCUCCGCUGGGAGGGGGGGGCUGCUCGCGCUCCGCCAUGACGCCGACACAGAAACAUAUGCCUGAACGCGUAACUCUCUACUACAACAUUGGCUGCUUUUAAAAACUGCUCUGUGUCCUUUUUUAAUGGGUGAAAACAAACAGAAACCUGCAAACAAAGUCCCAGACCAACUCAUUAAAACAUUUAGUUUUUGCUUAAUUCGUCUGAGAUUAAUGCAGUUGUUGUUUUUCUUUCCGUUUUUUGAUGGUUUCUGUGCACAGGAGACAGUAAGGAGAGACAAAGUGAGACUUAAAGUGAAUUUAAAUGACUCUUCUCCUGCAGCUCGACGGUUAAUCAGCGCCGGAGUACGUUUGUUUCCCUGCAGAUCAUUUGCAUUUGUGAUCCAUUGUUCCUGUUUAUCAUAAUCGCUAAAAUGUCCUCUUAUAUACGCAACACUUUACGAACCAAAACCGAGGGACUUAAGGGAUUAAUUAUGACGAACUUUUAAAACUAUACGCCUGCUUUAAAGGAUUUUCACCAAUUCUGGAGCAACUUUAAGUCAAUUUUAUCACUUUUGAAACAGGAUCCAAGUGUUUGAGGUAUUGGCAGUAUUUAGUAGGGCUGGGAGAUAAACCGAAAAAUUACCAAUAACGAAAUUAAGUUUGAUACCUGCACAAAGUUUGUAAAAAGUUUAGACAGCGGCAACAAAACAGAGAAAAACUUUAGUAAGGCUGGAAAACAGUCGAAGGAACAUCUCCAAACUAAUGAGUAGGGCUGGGCGAUAAACCGAACAUAGACUGAUACCAAAAUUUACGUCAAUAAGCCAACAUCUAUAUAUAAAUUAAAGGUGGUUUGGAUGUGUGUUGUGGUAGAAGUUGUAGCAGCUGGAGCAGCGGCUGACGUAGAUGAAGUUAAUGUGGGAGGGGGUGAGCAGCUUGUGGAGUAGUUAUUGUCCAUUUAUCGUUCUGAGGUGAACUGAUCAAUAUAUCGUGAUAUUGACUUGAUGCCAUAUCGUCCAGCUCUAGUAUUUAGUUAAUGAUAAAGUGAUAGAAAUGUCAUGUUUUGGUUUCUGUUUGUUGUGCAUUUGUAGUGCAAGAAAAACCCACCAAUCAGGUAUCAGCAUGCUUUAGCGUACGCAGGAAAACGAGUCAGCAUGGCGAGCAAAAGCAGACGUAACACAAUCAGCAAGUCCAACAAACUGUCGUUGUAAAAGCCCAUCAAGGUUCAGAUUUCCUGACAACCUGGUAGGGCUGGGCGAUAAGACCUCAAAUCAAUAUCCCGAUAUAUUGAUCAGUUCACCUCGAUAAUGAUAAAUGGACGAUAACUACUCCACCAGCUGAUCACCCCCUCCCACAUUAACUUCGUCUACUUCAGCCGCUCCAACUUCUGAACCGUCCUCCAUCUCCUCACCUGUCUUUCCCUCUUUGUUACAGACUGGAUGGGGUGGAGUCACGUCUCUGAUGUAGGACAGCGUCUUAAAGGGACAUGAGACCAUAGCCUACCUACACACAUCCAAAAACAACUUUGAUUCAUUGAUUUUUUUAAAACUGAAUAUACCGAUGUGGUCAAAAUGACGUCGGUUAUUGUCGUAAAUUUCGGUAUCAGUAAAUCUUCGGUUUAUCGCCCAGCCCUACCACCUGGACUGCACCUGAAGUGGUCGAUAAAGUAGUUGAGCUAAUGGUCCAAUAGCUUGUAAAGUUAAUAAAUGCAGGUAUUUGAUUGGCGGUGGAGUUUUUAGGUUUUUAGUUUUUUUUUCCAACCUCAGUGAGUCGAGCUCAAACUCUUUGUGCAUAUAAUACUACAACCAUUUUGCAGGUUUUGAACUCCUUUAUCCUCGCUCUCGAUCAGCUGCAUAAGUGCAACAAGUUUAAACGUAGAGCCGCACGACCUAGAGCGCCAACUCAGAGGAAACAGCUCACCUCCAGUCAGCCUGGAAUUAUUCCAAGUUCACUGUAACCUUUUUUUUUUUCUUUAAAUGUGUUUCUCAGUUAUUGCACAACAGAUUCUCCACCAAUCAGAGGAGAGAACCGGCAAAGUGCGUUUCAUAAGAGGCAUUUGAUCAUGGAGUGUGUGUGUAGUGAAAGAGCAAUAAAGCCACUGAUUGCUGGCAUGAUAAUGGGCAGGUUGAGGGUCUCUUCAGACAAGUGAUGAAGGUUAGAGCUCUCUCUCUCUCUCUCUCUCUCUCUCUCUCUCUCUCUCUCUCUCUCUCUCUCUCUCUCUCUCUCUCUCUGGAUUUGCAGCAUGUAAAGAAAUAUGCACUGUGAGUGAGCUAAUAGAUCAGCCGCUCGUUAAAAGCUCGAUGCUGGCACCAAUUUAUCGCCGCAGAGACUGACGAGGGGGCGGGUCAGGACUCCAGUCAAGUCUUUGAUCAACUGCGGGGAUGAGUUAUUAAUAAACACUCUUUCUCUGCUCUUUCUCCCCCCCGAUACUCCCUCCUUUCUCUGAGCGAUGAAGUCCCCGUGGUUAAGACGCAGAGUUCUAACAUCAGAAACCACGCUGAGAUGAAGUGAGACUCGUAGGCUGUGGAUAUAAAAUUAAUUGUUGUGAAAUGAUUGAGUGGUUUCAUAAGCAGCUAUCUGCUCCUAUUAUCAUCACGGUCAUCAUUAGUCUCGUUUUGUUCCUUCAGGUAAACAAAUCCUUAAUUACAGCUGUCGCUAAAAUCUGUUCCUGACCUUUCUUUAUCACCUCUUUCUGUCCUGGACGCGCGACUGCCGAUCAAUUCCAGGUCAAUGAGGCGUAAUGAUGUGAAAUUUGUGGCCUGGCAGGAACAAUAAAAAUAACUGUGAUGAUUAAUACAAUAAAAACAGAAAGGCUUACCGAUCAGUCAGCGCUUUUGGUUUAUAGCUGGAGUGCAGGUUUGGAGACGCAGGUUUAAUAGGUAACGGAUAGGCAGGUUCGCUGGUUUUAGCUGCCUGAUGAUAGCUGCGUUUACGUCGGCACAAAUAAUCGGAAUAAAAAUGCAUCACGUAAACAUGUCGAUUGGAAGAUUCUGAUCCAAUUCAGCUCAAUUGGAACUAGCUCACAGGUGUUGCUUGUUCGAUUUCGACCAUUGUUGGUCAUCUCAUUCUAAAACUCUGACUGUAAAUCUGCAGUUUUUGGGGAUUUAUUUCCAUCUGAUUUUGGAUCCUGCAGUAGCGAGACCCCGUCCAGCCUCAGGAGCGUCGGCGAGCUCCAGUCCUGAUGUUCAUGAGCGAUAAGACCGGGCUCAAAGUCAGAGGUCCGUCAAGAUUUCAGAGCAGAGAGAGGAAAAGCUUUGACAACCAGUUUGCGAUGAGAUGAAGUCAUAAUCGGACUUCUUAACGCAGAUGCAGCAGCGUUAAUUUUAUGCUAAAACAUUGACGAUUGUCUGGUGAAGAGAAAACACAAGGUUCACCCCAGGGAUCAGGAACCUUUCUCUGCGAAGAGAGACGAUUUUACCCAACUAUCUAGGUGUAGAUCUGCAGAAUGCUCAUUUAAGAUGAUGUAAAAGAAGAAAAAACAGAUUCCUGACCCUAAAUCUGAGAUGUUUGUCCACUUUUGCUUCAGAGAUGCUCAUAUCCUCAGUCUGAAACACGCCGAACAUGUGAUUAAAAUGCGUACAUGCUUGAUUAACCUUCUCUUUAGACGGAAACGGUCUCCAUAGAAAACAGAAAAGUGACGUUUCGUUUUCAGUUUUUAUGCUGUGUUUAAGCAAAAACGCAAUGUGGUUGAAAACGCUGUAAUGUGCAUGCCAGGUCGCUAGGUGGCGCGCGUCGGUAUGACCACGAUCCCAUAUAGACCAACAACGCAGACGUAGAACAACUUCCGUUCCGCAUUAAUUAUUUGAUGCAAAUGUGAGGAUGGACUGUGAGGAUUCUGUACAGGUCGAAAUUGAGCUCCUGUCCAUUCAAUAAUAACGACAGCGCGACUCGAAUGUCUAACAUGGUUGUUGUUGUUAUUUUUAAGGAAGCUGCGCAUGGCUAUGAUGUCAUAAACGUGAGCCAACGUGAGCCAGGACGUCACAGGUUUGACUGUUUUCAGCGUUUUUGUACUUUAGACGAAAGUGGGACUAGCAGCGUGUUUAAAACAUUUCCACUCUUGAGGGGGUUUUCACUUUGUGACGUUUUCAUCUCCUGAAAACGCAGCUGCCGUCUAAACGGACCCCCCUAAACAAAACAAAACUGUCUAAAAGUGGUCUGAAACUUUAAUUUCCGGGUCACUUUAACUCCACGGUUUUCCCGCCUGAGCUGCAUAAACGUUGGCGGUUUCCUGUAGAUCGGAGUUGAAUUAAAAAUCUCUGCCUCUGUCCGCGUCGCCGUUUCAUCCGCUGACCUGUAAUAUUCAUUUAAAGGAGACUGAAAUGAAGUGUAACAGUUUAGUUUCUCUCUCGGAGUGAGUGAGCGAGUCUUUGUCCUACGGUUCAUUCUUGGCUCAGCAUCGCACUUGGCAGCUCUUCUCCACACACACACACGCACACACGCACACACGCACACACACACUCAAGCUCUUUCCAUAAAUGCUCAGGGUCUCUGCGGUCCGGCUGUGGCCUUGUAGAUAGUGGAGUUUUUUUGGCGAAGAAGAGAGGAAGACCAGCGGGAGGAGAGAGAGGAAGAGGGAUGAAGGAGCGAGGGAAGAAAAAAAGGAGGGAUGAAGACGAAGGUAGGAGGAAGAGGAGAGGAUUCAUAUAGAUUUGAUAGAUUGUGAGCUGGAGGCAGAGGGAGCGCCCGAGGGGGGAACGAAAUAAAUUGGAUGGAAAAGAGAGAGGAAGACAAUCGCUGCGUAGGGUUGGAUGGAGAGAGAUAACAAGCAAAGUAAAAGAGGGCGGACGACGGAGAGGAAGACGAAAAGGAGGAGAAAGAGGAAACAAAGAAAACUUAAUGAACUUAAACAGGCAGAAACCUCGAGCAGAACCAAACUGAUGUUACCCCCAAUUUUCACCGUAUCCAGAACGACUCGGAUCUGAAAAGGCCAGAUCCUACCUGAUCCGUUUGUGAGGCGAAUUUGGUGGCGGAUUACAGACAGCAGGAAUCACGAGAACUCACAGAGAGAAGAGAGAGACCAGGCCCUGAUGGUUCUGAUGAUCGUACUGCAUGAAAAGUCAAUAACUGUUAUAUAUUCAGGGGGAACGUGCGAUCCUUUAAACGGCCGUCAGAGUUUCAUCGUCUCUGACCCACUGACCUCUGCAACCGACCAGAAAAAGACAGAGCAGAGGAAGGAGGGAAGAAAGAGCAGACGAAUAAAGAGAUCUGAAGAAAAACAGUAAAAGACACGAACAAAGACAGACAGGCAGAGAGACACAGGGGUGGAGAGAGAGAGAGAGAGAGAGAGAAAGAGAGAGAGAGAGAGAGAGAGAGAGAGAGAGAGAGAGAGAGAGAGAGAGAGAGAGAGAGAGAGAGAGAGAGAGAGAGAGAGAGAGAGAGAGAGAGAGAGAGAGAGAGAGAAAGAGAGAGAGACAUAGAGAAUGAAUGGAGGGAUGCCUGCAGUGCUGGGGCAGCAAAUUAUUUGCAGAGCUACAGAUUUCCAGGCUGCCUCGUUGGCCUUCCUGCCUGUCUGUCACUGUGUGUGUGUGUGUGUGUGUGUGUGUGUGUGUGUGUGUGUGUGUGUGUGUGUGAGGAAGAGUGCGUGAGUCACAUUGUGUGUUUAGGUGUGUAGAAAUCAAACACACACAUUCACACAUGAGCAUUGCGCUCGAACACCGUCAUAUACGCUGACGUGUGUGUGUGUGUGUGUGCGCGCCCGCAUGUGUGUGUGUGUGCGUGUGUGUGUGUGUGUGUGUGUGUGUGUGUGUGUGUGUGUGUGUGUGUGUGUGCGUGCACUCCUGGUUUAUUUUUACCCCUCUAUUUAAAAUCUGCUUGGGGAUGCAGAAGCCCAGGAAGUGAGUGUCGUCUCAUUUUUCCUCCUCUCCUCCAACAAACCGUCAGUCCUGCUGCUGCAUUUCCACCUCUAUCUGCCAUCGCUCUUCUCCCAUGAUGCACCUGUGCUUCCUCCCAAACGCGCCCUCAGAUUUUUGUCAUCACUUAUCCGAGGCGCGACCCCUCGGCUGCGAGGUAACCCCUCGAUCGGAACAGAUCAGGUCUAAGGCCGAGUACGUUUUACUGUAUUCAUUCCGUUUCCAUGGUAACGCACGACAUUGUUUACAUUGUUAAAGGCACAGUGAGAGAUUUUAAUUGGUUAAGAAACAGACAAAUCCAUCAGCAGUAAGCCUGAUCUGUGGUGAAGAUGCUGUAAGGGGGGUAGGUGUCAGACCAGCUGACUGAACAAACAGCUGUAUUUGAAUGUUUCCAUGGCAACCAAUAACAAAGAGUGACACAUUUCACCACUAAAGACAAAUACAUAUCUUUCUAUUUGGUCUGAAAUAGGGUUCCGGUAAAUUUCCCUUCAACUUUUCUCCUUACAGAGUUCAACAGCUUCUUUUUUACUUCAUACUUUUAUUCAACCAGAAGUGAAGCUGUACUUGUUUUCUCGAGUCUUUUCGGUGUCCUUGCCGAGUCAGGCAGCACAAUCACAAAGUUUUAAGUGUCUAAAAACAGGAUAAGGGGAUAAAAAAGACAGAAAUCUCUUUAUUCUGAAAAAUUUAAAACACCUGCAGCAGGAUGUUCUGGUUUUAAAGUCAACGAGAACGCGUCCAGAAAGACAAGCUCUAUAAUUUAGUGUCUGAACAAGAAAAAGUCUGCUCGCUCAGUCCCAAAGUUGUAAUAUCGGCCUGUUGAUCCGAUCUGAAAAAGGUUAUCUUGUGUUUUCCUCUCGUUGACUGACAGCAGAGUCUCUUUAAUUCAGACCUCGUGCCGCAGCAGCAGGUGAAAGACCAGCCCGCCCCUCCUCCCUCACAUCAAUAUUUGUCUCCAGAUUUUAAAAACAAGGCUGCUCUCCAGACCGCACCAGCUGACCUGCUGCAACCCGGCCACCGAUACCGCCGCUAAGACAAAAUAAACAAGCGGGAAAAAAACAGCAAAUCAGAGCAGAGCGGUGACAGGUGAGGGUAAAGAUGUUUCCCUGGAGAAACAAAAACACUCACAGGAGUUUGAGUGUUCGCAUCGUCUCCUGAAAGACGAGUUUAAAGCUGUUUGACAUCCGCGUAACUGUUUGUGUUUACAGGAGCUGUCGACGGUUUGUCAAAUGAGGAUUUCUGCUUUAAAAUAUGAAUCAAAACGGAGCUUUUUUGCUGCUGUUGAUGCAUCGGCGCCGCUUUCAUCGCAGCAGAGUAUUCCUCAGAGAACAAAAAGUCCUACUUUCGAGUGUUUUUCGCCCGUAAAUAAGUCAGACUUUUUCUUUCUUUGUCUCAGGAAAAACAGUUUUUUGGAAGUCAGAGGAUUACAGGAAAAGUUUGCUCCGUUAACCGUUUUACAUCUGUCGGUGAUCUAAACGUGUCCCUUUUCUCUCUGUCUCCCUCUCAGGUACAUCCACGCUCUCUACCUGGGCGCCCAGAGCCGCUGGCACAGCGACGGGCCCCGCCGCCAUUUCCACUGGCGGUUAAUGUUUGAGAGCGCCGACAUCACCAUGCUCCGCCUCCUGGAAGCCUUCCUGAAGUCGGCGCCACAGCUGGUCCUCCAGCUGAGCAUCAUGAUCCACGGGAACAACGUCCUCCCGCUGCAGGGUGAGUGAGACUCAGGGCUGUACUUUAGGACUGAGUCAACAUAAAGAAAUAUUAUAAAUAACAUAAAUGUAUCUGUUUAUCUGUAGUAUAUUUGGUUCAAUAUUGGGGUAUUAGCGAUAACUUCUCCAAAAAAUAAAAUAUUGAUAUUGUGCCAAAAAAAGGACAGAAUUUGAGUUUAGUCAUAAAAUGGACCAAGGGCGUAGAAUUGGGUCGAGACUAGGACCCCGCCCGGUAUGGAUUUUUUGGGGGCGAUACCGAUUAUUAUGGCGGAAAAAAAAUGUGAUUACUGACGAAUCGGCCGAUUUUUUCUUUUUUUAUGAAGUUAUGAAAUAUAUAUUAUAUACUGUAGAUAUCUACAGUGUACUAUAUACUAUUGAUAUAAAAACACAAAAAAAGAAAAUUUUGGGGGAAAAUACGAUAAAACCUUAAAUUCUAGAUAAGAGUGAUUUUACACGUCCAUAUUUUUAGGGGGAAUAAAUUACAGGUAAUAAUUGUGUGAAAGUAAAAGCCUCAGGCAAUGACUUUACCAUCAAACUAUAUGAUUAUGAACAUUAUGAACAUGACAGUUUUCUGUUUUUGAUUGUUUGAUCAGCUGUAUAUGAUGCAAAAUUAGGAUUGUAAAUGCAAAAAAACAAACUUUUAAGAGGACAAUUUUGUGUCCCCACCAAUGUCAAAAUCAAACCCACUCCCUUGAAAUGAAUAAUGAAUGAAGAAGCAGCAGCUGCUAGCAAGCUAGUGGUAGCAGCCCUCUGAGAUGAUUCGGCACUUUUGAAAAACAAACAAAAAAGUUUGAGUUUUUAAUCAAUUUAAAGGUUUCUAACAAUCCUUUACACUAUUUUCAUUCGGGCCCAAGACGUCUGAUCUAUGUUUAAUCUCUUCAAAAGGAGACCAUAAUCAUUUUCUGCACCAUGCUGUAAAGAUUAGCUUUUUUGAAUGGGUGUGUAUGUGGUUUCCGUCACCUCUGCAGCCAGCCUCAAGUGGACACUUGAGGAACUGCAGCUUUGGCUUCAUUUCUCAAGCCUGAGGGUUCCUGCUUUGUUACGAUGCACUUUAAUUGCUGCAGUUAAGAUUCUUGUAAACGGUUCUGCAAAGAGAGAAAGGGAGAGAGAGAGAGAGGGAGGGAGAGAGAGAGAGAGAGAGAGAGAGAGAGAGAGAGAGGGAGGUGUGUGUUUAGAUCUGGUAUCAGUCGGAGAGUUUAUGCUUUAUUCAUGCGACUCUUACAAGAGACAGAUUGGUCUUUGAUGAAUAAAACAAAACACAUUUUCUUGCUCUCUCUCUGUAAGUCACACACACACACUGUAGAAGCUCUCAGCGUUUACACACACCUGGCAGCACAGAAGUCAAGUGCCAGACAUAUAUUUGAGCCCACGGUUUCAGGACAGACAUGAAACCCACUAAAAAAUACAGCCUGGAACCUUGGAGGGGACGCCGGGGUCACUGAGUGGUUAUAAAAGCUCAGCGUAGCGUGGACGGAGACGGGCGCUGCAGCACUGCUGGUCAUCAGAGCGAACCGGCAAUGAGCAGCGACUGUCAGGCUCUGUGUUUCUCUGCUGGAGAAGGAGGAUGUUCACUGGAGCUUUCGCAGUCGCUAGAGGAUCAUUUGAAACCCUCUGGGAGUCUGUCUGUGUUGGUACCUGUGUUACAGCUGUCUGUGCAGAGGAGGUUUAUGAAAAUACGAAUACACCUGAGCAUUCGGAUAUUAUGCUUCGUGAUUCUGCAUCACUCCUCAGAAUCACUCCAUCUGGUCUCAGUAAUUCAUUUGAUAAAGACGGAGAUUUUCUUUCAUAAAGUGACGAAGUCGAAAGUUCCUGUCCGAGCUACAAAACUGCUGAGACGUUGUUUGUGAAGGUUCUCAUUCAUCCAUGUCAUGGUUAAGGUCGCUUUCACACCAGAGCUGUUUGGUCCGCCUUAAACAGACCAGAGUUUGUUUCCUCGAAUAGUCUGCUUCGUGUGGGCAGGUGUGAAAGCUCAUCCGAACUCUGGUGCGGACCAAACAAGCGAACUCUGGUCCCCCUGAAAACGUGGGUCUCGGUUCAACACAGGACCAUAUGUACGUAAUAACGCUAUACGCAGUGCAUACGCAGUGCAUCUUGGGUAGAGGAAACAAGGCAUCCCUUGUUGCCAUGGCAACAAGCAACUGCUGAUUAGCAGUUGCUAGCUAGCUUAGCUUAACUGUCUGAACAACAAUAACCUAUAAAUUCACAAUUUGGCGUAUUUAACAAAAUCAAACCACAACUACCAACGGUCACACAGCUCCUGUAGCUAAGCUGCUACGCUACUUUUAGCCACUCAGAGCUCUGAGGAGGGCCGGAAGAGUGGGAGGGGACGAGUUGGAACUACGGGAGAGGGGUGUGCCGAAUACAGCGAGGUGAUUGGAUGGAGAGGCGGAGCAGGAGAUUGACCAAUAGGAGCUGUCCUGGACAGAUGGCUCCCAUUGGUCAAUGUUUUUGCAGCCCUGCACCUGAUGGGGUGAACAGAUUUUUUCUGUUCUUUUUUCUCUUCACUUAGUGGAGAUCACACUAUAGGACCAUGAUCGCCAUAGAAACGAGGUUCAUAAUAAUUACCAAUAUCUCCAAUCGUCAAUCAUGCCUUUAAAGUCCAAAAUUUGUAGUCCCCACAAAUCAGAACGGUAACACAAACAUCCCUGCACUCUUAAGCCAAUAGUCAACAGCAAACUCUGCUAUUUCACAUUAUAUGAUCCGGACUCUUCCACACCUUCGAUCUCUUUAGCACUGAUAUAGUUCAUUCAUUAAUCCAGCAGCAGAUCAAUCAAAUUAAUCAACUAUCAGUGCUGCCAAUUAAUCAUUCAUGUCAUCUGUUUGGUACAAAUCCUAAACAUUCGCUGGAGCCAGCUCCCCCAAAUGUCGGGAUUUUCCGGCUUUGCGAGCAUAACGAGCUGCAUCUGUCUCUUUCUACCCAUAAUCCCCUUUGUUUUUGGUUCAUUUCUCAUAUCGCUGCUUUGUUUUAUCUCCUCUCAAACUCUCGUUCUGUCUGCAGGUAAACUCAGGUGAAAGGAAAACUGUUUCUUAAAGCUCUUCAGGACCAAAACAUCACACUUCAAUUAGUAUUUACUCGCAGAAAAGCAGUUUGAAUUCAACAAGGAGGUAAAACACCUAUCAGGAAGUCUGACCCCGUUGUGUCAAAUAUUCCCCCAAAUGUGAUAAAACUAAAGUAGAGCAUAUGUCAGCUUCUGCAGUCAUUGGUUACCCUCAGGGGGGCCGUGGGAAACACUCACAACUGACUGGAUAACUCAGCAACAGCCGCUCCGCUUAUAAGGACUCUCGCCUUUAUCGGAAAAGAAAAAAUCAAGACUCAUAAUCUUCAAGUUUAAUUUAAUUCUGCUUAUGUUCUAAUGGUAGACCAUGUUAAUUCUUGAAAAGUUGGUGCAGCUCCCUCCCUGUUCAAAAUUUAAUGUCCUCUCAGUGUGAUUCAUGGCUAAUUUGAGAGUCGACUGCAUGAUUAACACACAUGAAUGUUUAAUGUGUUAAACUGCACUUUGGGCUGCUGGAGGCAGGACUGAAAGUAACAUGUGCCGUCUAAUGAGCGUUUGACCUCAGCUGAAACUGGUUCAAAUACAUUUGAAUAAGUAAAAAAGUACAUCAUUCAGAUUAUUCAUUCGGAGUGGACGGUUUUGCACGGGCAUUCAGUCCUACAACUCUAAAUUAAAAAUCACAGUAUUUAUUUUGGAACCUUGCACCAAGAGACAGUUUUAGACUUGAGGCGAAUCAGAUCAUGACUCCGAUGUGUUGUACGCCAACAGGCAUACGACUAAAUUUGUCUUCAUUAAUAGUGCAUUGCAGACGGCUGAUCUGCUGCUUACAGCAUCCUUGGGAUACCUCGCGAUAUGCACAUGGCUGAUGUCACCGCUGUGUAACCACUUUUCUCCCUCAUUAUGCUGGAAUAAUCUAUUUUAAGUAGGUGGUUUUGGACCGGCCUUGAGGGGAGAUGAUUGGAUUGAAAAUUCACACAAGCGAGUGAUUGGCAAAGCUAGGUGGGUGCAAAUUAGGCAAAUUAGUCACCUAAGCUCGUAUCUGCAGUCGAGUUGAGGCCAUCUGCACUGUUACAGUCAGAUCAGAUUUGUGAGUCCAGACUUUCAUCAACAUAUGUGCGUAAGACGCCGUGGUAACAACGUAGGCAAGACUGCUGCCAAUGCAUGCAAAGCAUGAAAUUGGGAACCCGUCAUCUUUUCUUCCAAACCAUACCGCUGUCAUGUCACAGAGCUGAAUUCAUGCAUAUGGAUGGAAAACCCCACUGUGGCUCGGAUCCAAAUUACAAAAAUCAUGAUUCAUGAGGUUUUCUGCUGUCAAGACAUUGCAACCCCCCCUUGGGACUCUAUCUGGGUAGGCCAGAAAGUGGAUUUGAGCUGGCACUGAACAAAGCAGUGGAUGGUGGAGGUUGUUUUCCAACUGUAGGACUUGACUGUAAGGUGUGGGGACAUUUUCAAAACUUAAGACAUCUUUCUCACGAUAUUGAACAGCACGACACGAUUCAAUAAGAUUCCUCUCUGAUCGACUCUUUGCCCGUCUGUCUCUCAUCCGUGUCCCCAGGUCUCUCGGCAUCCGCCUCUCUCGUAUCUCUGGCCUGGAUGAUCGCCUCUUACCAGAAGGUUCUCCGGGACUCCCGAGACGACAAGCUGCCCAUGUCCUACAAGGCGGUGAUCACCCAGAUGCUGUGGCACUUCUUCACCAUCGGGGCGAGGACGGUGGCCUUCGCCCUCUUUGCCUCUGUCUUCCAGCUCUACUUCGGCAUUUUCAUCGUCAGUCACUGGUGCGACAAAAGAGCCCGAAAAGCUGUGCAUGAGACAUUAAAUACUUCAUCUUUCUAGUCGAACAGGAAACUGGAAUGAUGGUUAAAUUAUUCGAAGUUCCUUUUUUAACUUGCUAUAAUCUGGAUUGUCUUUCAGGUGUGUCAUGACCUUCUGGAUCAUCCAGGGCGAGACCGACUUUUGCAUGUCCAAGUGGGAGGAGAUAAUCUACAACAUGGUGGUGGGUAUCAUCUACAUCUUCUGCUGGUUCAACGUGAAGGAGGGGCCCAGCCGCUUUCGUAUGACCGUCUACUACUCCGUGACCCUGGCUGAGAAUGUGGCACUCACCGCUGCCUGGUACACGUACCGCGGCCCGCACACCUCCGACUCCUAUGCCCUGGUGGUGGUGUGCCUGGUGGCCUGCAGCUUUGCCCUGGGAACCUUCUUCAUGUUGGUGUACUACUGCUGGCUGCACCCUGAUGGGCCUGUUCUGGGCUCACAGUGGGGAGGGUGUGUGGACGAGGGCAUGGUGGGUGCAGGAGGGGUAGUGGGAGUGAUUGAUGCUUGCCUCACCCCUUCUCAAGGAUCCCAAACGGACAUGGUCAUUACCAGCCCUCCAAGGACUCUCCCCAGGACUAAAGACACAGGGGAGCCUGUUCCAGGGGAGCGAGACAAGGAAAGAGACAGGGACAGUUGCCUACCUGUCUUCCAGGUACGUCCCUCCCCUUCGUCCUCUCCCGCACUCCUUCACAGGACCUCCUCCUCAUCCCGCUCACAGGAGGGCCCUGUGAUACGGAUCGACCUCCCUAGAAAGCGAUAUCCAGCCUGGGAUGCACAUUUUAUCGACCGACGCCUGCGCAAAACCAUCCUGCUGCUGGAGACCACAUCGGCCGUCAGCCCCAGGAUACAGUACAGGAGCAGCAUGAUGGGCAGCAAAGAGGUGUUAGAGUACGAGACGACUGUCUAA